AAUCCGGAUCGUUGGGACUGCGGUCGUUAGUCUCCGGCGAGUUGUUGCCUUGGUAGGACGUAGUUUUGUCUGCUGAGCCCGCUCUUCGCGCUCUCUCGUUUCAUUUUCUGCAGCGCGCCAGCAGGAUGGCCCACAAGCAGAUCUACUACUCGGACAAGUACUUCGACGAACACUACGAGUACCGGCAUGUUAUGUUACCCAGAGAACUUUCCAAACAAGUACCUAAAACUCAUCUGAUGUCUGAAGAGGAGUGGAGGAGACUUGGUGUCCAACAGAGUCUAGGCUGGGUUCAUUACAUGAUUCAUGAGCCAGAACCACAUAUUCUUCUCUUUAGACGACCUCUUCCAAAAGAUCAACAAAAAUGAAGUUUGUCUGGGGAUCGUCAAAUCUUUUUCAAAUUUAAUGUAUAUGUGUAUAUAAGGUAGUAUUCAGUGAAUACUUGAGAAAUGUACAAAUCUUUCAUCCAUACCUGUGCAUGAGCUGUAUUCUUCACAGCAACAGAGCUCAGUUAAAUGCAACUGCAAGUAGGUUACUGUAAGAUGUUUAAGAUAAAAGUUCUUCCAGUCAGUUUUUCUCUUAAGUGCCUGUUUGAGUUUACUGAAACAGUUUACUUUUGUUCAAUAAAGUUUGUAUGUUGCAUUUA